CAUCACUACCGUAUUAUAGAGAUAAUACAUGUUAUUCUCCUGGUGUCCACUAGGGGCAUCACGGAUUAUAGACAUAACCCUAGAGCUCAACUCAAGGGGUUAUUGAUCAUACAUGAUCAGUGGUUUUUGAUGGGAACUCCUGUGUGUAUUCAUUGUGGGUCCUUAUGGUAGUGAUUGAGUGAUGAACACGGUUCAUUUACACACUGUGAAGAGUUAACUGGUCUCGACGUCAGAUAACGAGUUCAACUCGACCAGCGGCUCCGGUGAGACCAGAGAAGCCGGAAGAAGGACGCGUUUCUCGGCUGUAAACAAGAGGAAGUGUUGUCGUCAUGGAGUCCACGAGGCUGCCGCUGGUUCUUGUUCUGGCUCUCCUCUGGACCCAGACCACCGGAGACCUGGACCGGAACUCUUCGGUCCUCAAGGUGGACCUCUCCGUGGCAAUCCGCCGGGUGGACCGACGCUUUCUGUCCGUCACCAUCGACGCGAGCCUGGCCGCAGAGGAGAGGUUCAUGUCCCUGUUGAGCUCUCCGAAGGUCAGGACGCUGGCGAAGGCCUUGAGUCCGUCUUUCCUGAGGUUUGGGGGGACGAGACAAGACUUCAUGGUCUUCACCCCCCAGGGGGUCCGUCAGGACUCCGGGUACCCUGCAGAUGAGUCCUGUGAUCGGCUGCAGCUGCCGGUCUGGCCGGAGGACCAGCUGAAGAAGGACUGGACCCGGCAGCAGCUGACCCUGAUGAGAGAAGACCUGCAGGGGAAGUACAGGAGAGUCCAGUACACAGAGUACACCGUAGACCUGCUGCACUCCUUCACCAGAUGUUCUGGGAUGGAUCUGAUCUUCGGGCUGAACGCUCUCCUCAGAACCGCCAACAACACGUGGAACAGCAGCAACGCCGCCGCCCUGCUGCGGUACUGUGAGUCCAGACGGUACCACAUGUCCUGGGAGCUGGGCAACGAACCAAACAGCUACGAGAAGAAAGCCGGGAUCCGAGUGGACGGAAACCAGCUGGGACGGGAUUUCACUCGUCUCAGGGCGAUGAUGUCACGGUCCAAAUCCUACCGCCACGCCGGGCUGUUCGGGCCGGACGUCGGUCAGCCUCGAGACCACCGGGCAGACCUACUGGAGGGCUUCCUGCAGACUGGAGCUGAGGCUGUGGACGCCUGUACUUGGCACCAUUAUUACGUGAAUGGAAGAGACGCGUCUCUGGAGGAUUUUCUGGACCCUGAGGUUCUGGACACUCUGGCCUUCAAGACCAAAGAAGUCCUGGAGAAAGUAAAGCUGGUUUCUCCUGAAAAACCAGUUUGGCUCGGAGAGACCAGUUCGGCGUACGGAGGAGGAGCUGCUGGGCUGUCGGACACGUUCGCCGCAGGAUUCAUGUGGUUGGAUAAACUGGGCCUGGCAGCCAGACUGGGCCUGGAUGUGGUGAUGCGGCAGGUGUUCAUUGGCUCUGGGAGUUAUCACCUGGUGGAUGAAAACCUGGAUCCACUUCCUGACUACUGGCUGUCCGUCCUCUACAAGAGGCUCGUUGGUCCGGAGGUGCUGCAGGUGGAAGCUGCCGGCGAGGCUGGAAGGAGGCGCGUGCGUCUGUACCUGCACUGCUCCAGCAGAGAGAGGUGCUCCUGCUUCGGCAUCACAUGCUCUCUGUGUCGGCCAUCUUGUUCUGACGGCUCCUCCCUGUACAGGUACCCGAGCGGAGCGGUCACGCUCUUCUCCAUGAACCUCAGUCACAGGCCGGUCCGGGUCUCACUUCCUGCCCGGCUCUCCUCCGGCUCAGUGGAGGCCUUUGUGCUGCAGGCAGACCGGCCGGGGGAGGAGGGGCUCUACUCCAGGUGUGUGAGGAUGAACGGAGACGUGAUGAAGAUGAAGGACGAUGAAACUCUUCCCGACAUGAAAGGAGCUCGUCUUCCUCCGUCUGAGCAGCUGCAGCUUCCGGCCUUCUCCCUGAACUUCUUCAUCUUCACGGGCGCUGGAGCGCCAGCCUGUCUGUGACUCCUCUCCUGGUCACCUCCUGAGGAGUCACCUCCUGGUCACUUCCUGAGGAGUCACCUCCUGGUCACUUCCUGAGGAGUCACCUCCUGGUCGCCUCCUGAGGAGUCACCUCCUGGUCGCCUCCUGAGAAGUCACCUCCUGAGGAGUCACCUCCUGGUCACUUCCUGAGGAGUCACCUCCUGAGGAGUCACCUCCUGGUCACCUCCUGAGGAGUCACCUCCUGGUCACUUCCUGAGGAGUCACCUCCUGGUCGCCUCCUGAGAAGUCACCUCCUGAGGAGUCACCUCCUGGUCACUUCCUGAGGAGUCACCUCCUGGUCGCCUCCUGAGGAGUCACCUCCUGGUCGCCUCCUGAGAAGUCACCUCCUGAGGAGUCACCUCCUGGUCACUUCCUGAGGAGUCACCUCCUGAGGAGUCACCUCCUGGUCACUUCCUGAGGAGUCACCUCCUGGUCGCCUCCUGAGAAGUCACCUCCUGGUCACUUCCUGAGGAGUCACCUCCUGGUCGCCUCCUGAGGAGUCACCUCCUGGUUGCCUCCUGAGAAGUCACCUCCUGGUCACCUCCUGAGGAGUCACCUCCUGGUCACUUCCUGAGGAGUCACCUCCUGGUCACCUCCUGAGGAGUCACCUCCUGGUCACUUCCUGAGGAGUCGCCUCCUGAGGAGUCACCUCCUGGUCGCCUCCUGAGAAGUCACCUCCUGGUCACUUCCUGAGGAGUCACCUCCUGGUCGCCUCCUGAGGAGUCACCUCCUGGUCGCCUCCUGAGAAGUCACCUCCUGGUCACCUCCUGAGGAGUCACCUCCUGGUCACUUCCUGAGGAGUCACCUCCUGGUCACCUCCUGAGGAGUCACCUCCUGAGGAGUCACUUCCUGAGGAGUCACCUCCUGGUCGCCUCCUGAGAAGUCACCUCCUGAGGAGUCACCUCCUGAGAAGUCACCUCCUGAGGAGUCACCUCCUGGUCACCUCCUGAGGAGAAAAAGAACAACAUUUACAAUUUCAUGGAUCCCUGUAGGGAAAUUCUUCUCUGCAUUUGACCCAUCCUUAGUUAUUAAGGAGCAGUGGGCUGCAGUGAUGCCCGGGGACUCCUCCCCUCUCGGUACCAGGAGGUGACUCCUCCCCUCCCGGUACCAUAAGGUGACUCCUCCCCUCUCGGUACCAUGAGGUGACUCCUCCCCUCCCGGUACCAGGAGGUGAGGAGUCUCCUGCCGGUACCAUGAGGUGACUCCUCCCCUCUCGGUACCAUAAGGUGACUCCUCCCCUCCCGGUACCAGGAGGUGACACCUCCCCUCUCGGUACCAUGAGGUGACUCCUCCCCUCCCGGUACCAGGAGGUGAGGAGUCUCCUGCCGGUACCAUGAGGUGACUCCUCCCCUCUCGGUACCAUAAGGUGACUCCUCCCCUCCCGGUACCAUGAGGUGACUCCUCCCCUCUUGGUACCAUAAGGUGACUCCUCCCCUCGCGGUACCAUGAGGUGACUCCUCCCCUCUCGGUACCAGGAGGUGAGGAGUCUCCUGCCGGUACCAGGAGGUGACUCCUCCCCUCCCGGUACCAUAAGGUGACUCCUCCCCUCUCGGUACCAUGAGGUGACUCUUCCCCUCUCGGUACCAGGAGGUGACUCGUCUCCUGUCGGUACCAGGAGGUGACUCCUCCCCUCUCGGUACCAUGAGGUGACUCUUCCCCUCUCGGUACCAGGAGGUGACUCGUCUCCUGUCGGUACCAGGAGGUGACUCCUCCCCUCUCGGUACCAUGAGGUGAGGAGUCUCCUGCCGGUACCAGGAGUUGAGGAGUCUCCUGCCCUCCCGGUACCAUAAGGUGACUCCUCCCCUCUCGGUACCAUGAGGUGACUCCUCCCCUCUCGGUACCAUAAGGUGACUCCUCCCCUCUCGGUACCAGGAGGUGAGGAGUCUCCUGUCGGUACCAGGAGGUGACUCCUCACCUCUCGGUACCAGGAGGUGAGGAGUCUCCUGCCGUUACCAUGAGGUGACUCCUCUCCUCCCGGUACCAUGAGGUGACUCCUCCCCUCUCGGUUCUAGGAGGUGACUCCUUCCCUCCCGGUACCAGGAGGUGAGGAGUCCCCUCUCGGUACCAGGAGGUGACUCCUCCCCUCUCGGUACCAUGAGGUGACUCCUCCCCUCGCGGUACCAUGAGGUGAGGAGUCUCCUGCCCUCCCGGUACCAUAAGGUGACUCCUCCCCUCUCGGUACCAUGAGGUGACUCCUCCCCUCUCGGUACCAUAGGGUGACUCCUCCCCUCUCGGUACCAGGAGGUGAGGAGUCUCCUGUCGGUACCAGGAGGUGACUCCUCACCUCUCGGUACCAGGAGGUGAGGAGUCUCCUGCCGUUACCAUGAGGUGACUCCUCUCCUCCCGGUACCAUGAGGUGACUCCUCCCCUCUCGGUUCCAGGAGGUGACUCCUUCCCUCCCGGUACCAGGAGGUGAGGAGUCUCCUGCCGGUGCCAGGAGGUGACUCCUCCCCUCUCGGUACCAUAAGGUGACUCCUCCCCUCGCGGUACCAUGAGGUGAGGAGUCUCCUGCCCUGCCGGUACCAUAAGGUGACUCCUCCCCUCUCGGUACCAUGAGGUGACUCCUCCCCUCUCGGUACCAUAAGGUGACUCCUCCCCUCUCGGUACCAGGAGGUGAGGAGUCUCCUGCCGGUACCAGGAGGUGACUCCUCUCCUGCCGGUACCAGGAGGUGACUCCUCUCCUGCCGGUACCGGCACUGAAGACGGUACACGCAGGUGUUUCUCCUCAAACAUAUGAUGAUGAUGAUUGAGUUUCUUAUUUAUAUAAAAUAUUGUGUUUUGUUAAUAAAGUUUUUUCUUUAUUCA